AUGGCGGAGGCGCAGGCGGCGGAGCGGGUGAGGGCGGCGCGGAGCGCGGCUCUCCAGCGGAGCAACACGCCUUCGCGCCGUACGCUCAUCCCGCCGUUGCACAUCCCCCUACAUCUAUCCAGCUCCACAUGCUCCACGUGCUACACGGAAAUUAGACUCCACGUGUCUGCUCUAAUCGCCACUCCCUCUCUCCACCUGCCCUUCCCUUUCACCCCUCUCUCCACCUGCCCUUCCCUUUCACCCCUCUCUCCACCUGCCCUUCCCUUUCACCCCUCUCUCCACCUGCCCUUCCCUUUCACCCCUCUCUCCACCUGCCCUUCCCUUUCACCCCUCUCUCCACCUGCCCUUCCCUUUCACCCCUCUCUCCACCUGCCCUUCCCUUUCACCCCUCUCUCCACCUGCCCUUCCCUUUCACCCCUCUCUCCACCUGCCCUUCCCUUUCACCCCUCUCUCCACCUGCCCUUCCCUUUCACCCCUCUCUCCACCUGCCCUUCCCUUUCACCCCUCUCUCCACCCGCCCUUCCCUUUCACCCCUCUCUCCACCUGCCCUUCCCUUUCACCCCUCUCUCCACCUGCCCUUCCCUUUCACCCCUCUCUCCACCUGCCCUUCCCUUUCACCCCUCUCUCCACCUGCCCUUCCCUUUCACCCCUCUCUCCACCCGCCCUUCCCUUUCACCCCUCUCUCCACCUGCCCUUCCCUUUCACCCCUCUCUCCACCUGCCCUCCCUUUCACCCCUCUCUCCACCUGCCCUUCCCUUUCACCCCUCUCUCCCCCCCCCCUUCACCCCCUCUCCACCUGCCCUUCCCUUUCACCCCUCUCUCCACCUGCCCUUCCCUUUCACCCCUCUCUCCACCUGCCCUUCCCUUUCACCCCUCUCUCCACCUGCCCUUCCCUUUCACCCCUCUCUCCACCUGCCCUUCCCUUUCACCCCUCUCUCCACCUGCCCUUCCCUUUCACCCCUCUCUCCACCUGCCCUUCCCUUUCACCCCUCUCUCCACCUGCCCUUCCCUUUCACCCCUCUCUCCACCUGCCCUUCCCUUUCACCCCUCUCUCCACCUGCCCUUCCCUUUUACCCCUCUCUCCACCUGCCCUUCCCUUUCACCCCUCUCUCCACCUGCCCUUCCCUUUCACCCCCUCUCACCCCUGCCACCCGGCCUGCUGGACCCGUCUCUCUUGCAGUACUUCACGGGAAUCGCCACGUGCUUAUCCUGGUCCCCACCUCACUGAGUCGAGUUUUGAGUCGACUCAAAACUUGUCCUUGUCCCCACCUCGAAACUAUCCCUUUAUGCUUGUCCUUGUCCCCGCCUCACUUUCCCGCUCACCCCCGUCUCUCCCACGCUCCUCUCUCCACCUGUCUCCCGCCCCUUUCCGCCAGGCGCGUGCUGGACCCGUCUCUCUCGCAGUACUUCACGGAAAUCGCCACCGCGUGGGAAGAAACCCCCGACCCGCACGACCGAGCCUCCAUCGCCGCCAAUGCUCUGGAGGAGGCUCGGGGGAAGGAGCACCAGCUUCUGUGGGACACCCAGACCUGCCGCACCCUCGAGCCGCUCCUCUCCGCCGCCCCCCCCGCUGCUGCCGCGCGCUUCCUCGCCGGCGCCUGUUGCUGCGCGCGCAGGAAGGGAGGGGAGGGGGGGGAAGGCGCGGGGGGAGGGGGGGAGGGAUCGGGGGAGCGGGAGGUGAAUGUUUGUCGGGAUGUGUUGGCGCAUGGGCUUGCAUCGAGGGUGAUUGAAGCGGGUCUGAAGAAUAUCCGCGCGUGGGUGACGGGAGAGAGCAGGACACGUGGCAGCGCGGGAUUGGACGAAACCGGGGCAGGAGACGACGAAAACGAGGAUCAGGAUGGGGAGCGGGAGGAGGAGGAGGAAAACGAGGAGGGGACGGGCGGCCAGGGUGAUCUACCGAAAUGGACCGGAACAGUGCGGGUGGUUUUGAAAAAGAUCUGCAAAGAGGUGGGAGAGUACCCUCUAGCAGCCAUGACGAGCCCUGCUUGCUCCCACGUGCUACGCUCCCUGCUGCUCCUCCUCGCCUGCCGCCCCAUCCACGACACUCCCGCAGCAGCAGAGGGCACCAGGAAGGCCCGGCGGGAUGGUGCGGGUGCGGAGGGCGUGGGUGGGGAGGAGAAGAGGGAGCAGGGCGGGGCGGAGGGUGGGGAGGAGGGGAGAGAGGGUGGGGCGGGUAGAAGGUUCGGCGGCCGCUUGCCUCCGCAGAUCCAGCGGGCAGCUGGGAAUCUCCCCAUGUCCUCUGAUGUGACCUUUUCAGGGCUGCCCGGAAUGGCCGGGCAGGGUGCAGGGUUGGCAGGAGGGACGGAAGUGGGAGCAGAAGCAGCGACAGCGGCGGCGGAGAGGGGGAGGAGGGUGGGGGCGGCGUUGGGGUUCCCGGCGUUGCUGCAGCGGGUGGUGGUGGGGGUGACAGCAGCAGCAGCAGGGGCGGACGAGGCAGUGCCGUCAGCAGCAGUGGCGUGGUCGCCCUACGGGGACUCGUGGUCCCUGGCUUGUGACCCGUCUGCUGGCCCUCUGCUGCAGGACCGGUGUGGGUCGCGAUUCAUGGAGACCGUGAUUCAGCUCGCCCCACCAUCGCUCCGCUCCUCUCUCCUGCGAGUGGCGCUGCUGCCACACCUGCUGCCCCUCGCGCUGCACCCCAUCGCCAACUACACCAUGCAGACCGCCCUCUCCGCCUUCCACUCCCCCAAUGACGUCAAACGCGCCUUCAAGGCGCUCGCGGAGGGAGGGAAGGGGGGAGGGGGAGGGGAGGAAGGGGGUGGAGACGGGGGAGAGGGGGGAGGGAGAGGGGAGGGGUUGUUGGCGCUGCUGAAGGGGGGCAGGGGUCGCGUGGUGCUGGCGCUGCUGAUUGCAUGCGGUCGCACCAAGACGUUCCAGGCGCGGGCCUGUGAAAGCCUUUUGGCCGCCCUCUCCUCCUCACCAUCACCAGCACCGGUCGACACUGCAGCAGCAGAUGCAGCAGCAGUGGGCGAUCUGCUGUGGCUGGACGCGUGGCAGGCAGUGCGGGUGAACGACAUGCGCUCCAACCGAGCCAAGAAGCGCCAGCAGCAGCAGGGGUGGGGCUCCGUGCCUGUGGCGGAGCGUGGGGCGGUGUCGUUUGUGGGGUGCAUGGCUCUGCAGACCAUCUUCUCCUUCCCCCUGGUAGCGUCGCAGAGGGUGGUGCAGGCGUGUGUGGCGCUGCCACCUUCCUACCUCAUGCACCUGGCCACGGACGUCAAGGGCUCGCGAGUCCUCUCCGCCUUCUUCCGUGCAACCACUAUUCCCUUGGACCUCAAGACCACCAUGCUCGCCAGCCUAAAACCACGCUUGACAACGAUUGCAGCGGAUAAGCUGGGUGCGUUUGUUGUGUCGGCAGCGUUUGAUGCCAUGGGGGUGGACGGCAAGCAGAUGAUCCUUGCUGAGCUGGCGACGCGCUAUUCGUCGGCGUCAUCCUCUUUGCUGCAGCGGCCGCUCUUCCGCCACAUGGGUCUCUCAGAGUAUCUGGAGAGCCCAGAGGCAUGGCAGAAGCAGCAGCAGCGCAAGGAGGGUCUGCUGCGAGAAUUCCAAGACCUGCUUGGCGCUGCUCCCUCUGCCCCUUCCGCUCUCUCCGCUCCUCCUUCCUCUGCUGUCCCCUCGUCUUCUCCUGCUCAUCCUGCUGCACUGCCUUCUUCCUCGACACCUAAUGCCAAGCCCUACUCUCGCGAGACGCACAUUGUAGCGGUCGACGCUCAUCCGCUGUGGCUUGACAAUACUCGUCGAGCCGAAUCAUUAAACAUGACAACCGAUCAGACGCGAGAUUCGUCCACGGAAGCGCCGCUAGGUGGUCCGAACGGCCAUGGAUUCGCGGCGGAUGUCCCGCCGGAAGUCGCGGCUGCAAGCGCGGCGAUUUUGACGGAGAAGGAGCAAGACCCGGUGACGCGUCGCGAGUGGUGGGGGUGGUUCAUCUACAACGCGGCGGGAAACGCGUUCUCGCUUGUCGCCAUGUCGAUCUUCUUUCCGCUGCUUCUCGUCUACCUCGCCACCGCGCAGGCCGCCACGCAGGCCGGCGCGCCGCCGCCGCCGCAGUGCAACGCGACGCUCACGACGGGCUGCUUGAAAUGCGUCGCGGGCAAGGGGCAGCAGCUGAUGACGUCAACAGGCUACACGGCGUACGACUCGCCCAAUCUUAAUGCGGGCGCGCUGUCCAUGGAGCCCGUGGCGUACACGACGGUGGUGAUCGGGCUGGCCGUGGUGGUGCAGAUCAUCGGCCUCGUGUGCUUCGGCGCCGAGGCUGACUUCGGGCAGGGGCGAUGGCGGAUGCUGCUGGUGGGCACGCUGAUGGGGGCGGUGCCGUGCAUUCUCUGCCUCGCCCUCACAGCGCCAUCGCUCUGGUGGCUGGCGGGGCUGUUUGCCAUCAUCGCCAACCUCGGAUACGGCAUCUCGCUCGUUGGCUACAACAGCUACCUGCCGGUGCUGGUGGAUGCAUCGCCAAAGGUGCUCGCUGCAGGCCCAGACGAGGCGUCCAUCCUUGCUGUUCGAGAGAAGGUGGAGAACCAAGCUUCCCUCUCAGGCCUGGCAAUGGGCACGGUGGCAAGUGUCCUCUCCAUGCUGCUCACCUUCGCCAUCACUCUCCUCAUCCCAGACGACCUCCUCAAGCUCCGAGUCACUGUCGCAGUCUGCGGCAUCUGGUGGAUCGCGCUCUCCGCCUUCACCUUCGCGUGGCUGCACCCGCGCCCCGGCCCGCCCAUGCCCAAGACCGGAUUCUCCAUGAUCAACCGCUGGCGCCACCUGUUUCGACUAUUCAAGGAAGCAUCCCGCUACCGCUACACGUUCAUCUUUCUGGUCUGCCUUGUCGCGUACAGCAGCGGGUUUACCACGAUGCUGCAGAUGGCGGUACUGUUCGGCCAGAACGACCUCUGCCUGUCUGUGUCUUCCAUGGCGAUUGUCGCGCUCACUGUUGCUGUGGUGGCGAUUGCCGGCAUGCCGAUUGCUCUGUUCUUCCAGCGGAAAACCCACGCGACGAACAAGACCAUGGUCGUGAUUCUCCUCACGUGCCUAGUUCCCCUGCCCGUGUGGGGAUUCAUCGGGUAUUUCACCGCAGACGGGGGAUUCGGGCUGAAAUCCGCGUGGGAGAUUUACCUGUGCGCUGCCUGGCUGGGGUUCUUCCUGGGCGCGCUGACGUCCUACUCGCGCACGCUGUUCAUUGAUUUCAUCCCCGUGGGCCGCGAGGGCGCCUUCUUCACGCUCUUCUUCAUCUGCGAUCGCAUCAGCUCCUGCAUCGGCCCGUUUGUCAUUGCAGCCGUAACGCAGGUGGGGGGUCAGCUCCGGCCUGUGUUUGGAUACGUCUUUCUCGUGCUGGUCAUCCCUUCCAUCUCCGUCCAAUUAUUUAUCAACUACAACAAGGGGGUGGCAGAGGCUGGGAGGGCAAAGCAGCAAGAGAGUAUUCGCUUAAAAGAGCGACUAGAAACCUCUUCUGUCUAUCAACCUCACGAACGACAGGAGGCCAUGGUGAAGGUCGCUCCCGUCCCCAUUAUAGUGUCCCGACUGGAAUACACACCCAAGGAUGAGCACAUGCGACAGAAAGCCGCUAGCGCGUUUCUCGACCUCGACGAUCCUGGCGGAAGCGGAAAGCGCGCAGGAAGCGCGGGGGGUGGGGAAAAUGCGGGAAACGGGGAAUACGCAGGAGGAGAGGAAUACGCGAAGGGUUCGAGGGUUCCAUUGACGAAGCGGGAACUAUGGGGCUGGUACUCGUACAACGUGGCCGCGAACUCGUUCAGUGCAGUCGCCAUGCCGAUUUUCAUCCCGCUGCUGCUGCUCCUGCUCGCCGACGCGCAAGCCUGGAACGACUCGGGCGCCGCCAAGCCACCGCAGUGCACCGAUCUGAUCACCGCGGACUGUCUGCAGUGCGUGCCGGGGAAGGGGAACCAGCUGGUGACGUCAGCGGGGGGGUACAGCGAGCUGGAGCAGCCGCGCGUGCGGCUCGGCGCGCUUAGCAUCAACCCCGUGUCGUACGCGACGAUCGUGAUCGGCGUCGCCGUGUGCUGCCAGAUCGUCGCACUCGUGUCGCUCGGCCCAUUCACGGACUACGGCCGCGGCAGGAAACAGAUGCUCAAGGUGGGCACGUGGAUGGGUGCAGCAGCUUGCACAGCCCUCCUCUUCAUGUUCACCCCCUCCCUCUGGCUGCUCGCGGGGCUGCUCGUAAUAAUCGCCAGCAUCGGAUACGGCCUCGCCACCGUCAGCUACAACGGCUACCUGCCCCUCCUCGUGCACGCGUCCCCGGAAGUCCUCGCCGCAGAGGCAAAGGCCGAUCCGGAGGCAGUCGCUGCAGCGCGGGAAGACGUGGAGAAUCGGUAUUCCCUCAUCGGGCUAGCAGCUGGGUGCCUGGGGGAUAUUCCGAUCACGCUGAUAGCCUUUGCGCUCACGCUCGUGUCGUCGGACGAGUCGGUUCAGAUGCGAGUUGCCACCGCGUUUUGCGGCCUCUGCUGGAUUCUCUUCGCGCUCCCCACUUUUCUCUACCUCCGCUCCCGACCAGGACCCCCGCUCCCGCUUCCCCCUCCCCCCUCUGCGGGGAAUCAUGAGGCAGAUGGGGCGGGGGAAGGCGGGGAUAGAGGCUGCUGUUCCAGCUGUAGCGGCGCUGGUUGGUACAGCUCGGGCGGGGGCUGCCGGGGUUGCUGCUUCGGCUGUGGGUCGUGCUACAGCCGGGUGCAGUUUUUUCUCAGUGUCGUGGGGGCGAGCUGGAAGGGCAUGGGGGACACGCUGGCAGAUGCGUAUCGGCACCAUCGCAACGCUCUCGUGUUCAUCGCGUGCUACUUUGUGUACGCUGACGGCUUCUCCACUAUCAUCCAAGUGGGGGUAAUCUUUGGGCAGCAGGACCUCUGUGUGCCGCCCGCAACGCUCGCCAUCCUCGCCACCUCGGUUUCGUUCUGGGCGGCAGCCGGCAUGCCAGUGCUGUACUUUCUGCAAAGACAGACCAAGUGGAGCAACAAGACAAUGGCAAUGAUUGCUCUGGGCGGCAUGCUACCCCUGCCGCUCUGGGGCCUCAUCGGCUACUUCACAGAUAACUUCGGGUUGAAGCACACGUGGGAAUUAUUCGCCUAUGUGGGGUGGUUCGGCCUGUGUUUAGGCCCGCUACUGUCGUACUCGCGUACGCUGUACGUGGAUCUGAUGCCGACGGGGAAGGAGGGGGCGUUCUUUGCCAUCUACACCAUCAGUGACAAGGGCAGCUCCUCCUUUGGCCCGUUUGUCGUCGCCAUCAUCGCUCAGGCUUCUGGCACAAUCAGGCCCACCUUUGUGUACAUAUUCCUGGUCAUGUUCAUACCCCUUAUAGUCAUCAUCUUUUGCCUUGACCACAAGAAAGGCAUGGAAGACGCCGGGCGCAACAGGCUCACAACAACAAUGAAAACGUUGGAGGAUGGGGAGGACGCUCCCUCUACAACACGUGAGGGGUUGGAGCAUCAGUAUGCUGACGUUCAAACCAGCGUUAGUGGCAGGAGAGACAGUCCAGGAUAG